CAAUUAACUUUACAGCAAAAUAAAGGAUUUUCUUAUUUUAAGUCAAUUCCUUUAUAUUGAUGAAAAAGUUAUUGUUUCAUUGGCUGAUUAUUUAACAUGUAAAAGGGGAAAUGUUUGGAUAUUAGUGAAAUGAUCUGUCAAUGGAACAAGAACUUUUUUCAAGUUUCUUUAGAACGAUGAGAUGUUAAAGUCACUCUGUAUGCAGAUGACGCGCAGAUCGGUGUCUGUCCUGUGAUUGGUGGCUUUCUUUCCAGCAGGAAGUUGUGAACAGUUUAAAAGCUGCUGCAGGACUGCAGACAUUCACAGGAAGCUGGACCAGCAAUGGCUCUGCUGAAGGUUUUGAUGCUGCUGGGGCUGGGUGUUUCAGUGAACUCAGCUGUUUCUCUGCAGAAGAGAAUCAUUGGAGGUAAUGACUGUGACAAAAAGGAGCAUCGUUAUCAUGUACGGCUGGAGAUCGGCAAGGGUACUCAUAGGAGACUGUGUGGAGGAUCUCUGAUCCACCCUCAGUGGAUCCUGACUACAGAUACCUGCUGGAAGGUGGAGACUGGGUGGAUUAAUGCAGCAACAAUAAAAAUUCAUCCACUGACUGCUAAAGAAAGAGUUCCCAGAAUCCAAAAGAAACCUGCGAUUUAUGCUCCCGAAGGCUGGCGGCAUGACAUCAUGUUGCUGAAGCUUCGGAAACCAGUAACGGGUGUCCCACCUGUUCCACUACCAGACUGCAGUAAACGCCCUAAAGUGUAAGUCUUUCUCUGAUCAUAAACAUGACUUCAUGUUUUCUGUCUCCAGUCCUGCUGCCUCUGCUUCAGCACACCUGAGUCAGGUAAUCAGGCCACCAGCAGAACCAGAACCAGUUUAGCUCAGGUGUGUUGGACCAGAGACACGUGUAAAGGACACAGGACACUGAGGACAGGAGGAGGACACUCCUGUGUCAGUGGAUG